AUGAAUCCCUCAACUCAUCCUGUUCCUCUGACGACACAAAUCCUAGUUAUAGGAGGUGGUCCUGCAGGCUCAUAUGCCGCUACACUUCUUGCCAGAGAGGGGUUUGGUGUAACCUUACUUGAGCGGGAUGUGUUCCCGAGGUAUCACAUUGGGGAGACGCUUCUUCCCUCAUCGAGCCCAUUUCUCUCAUUGAUAGACGCUCUGGGACUCAUCAAAUCGCAUGGAUUCACCCCGAAGCCUGGUGCUGCCGUCAAGCUCAACCAAUAUAGUCGUGAAGGGUAUACUGACUUCGUCUUGCUGAACCCCGAGAAUGAAUCUUGGAACGUCAUUCGAUCCGAGUUCGAUCAUCUUCUGUUGAAACACGCGGCCAGCAACGGUGUACAAGUCUCAGAGGCCAUCAAGGUCGUCAAGAUCCAUUUCGACCAGGACAAGACAACCGGACGUCCCGUCGCUGCUGACUGGGAAGACAAGAGUGGAAAAAAAGGAACUAUACGAUUCGACUGGCUUGUGGAUGCCUCUGGGAGAGCGGGGAUCAUGUCCACACAAUACCUGCACAACCGCAACUUUAAGCAGAGCUUGAAUAAUAUUGCGUGCUGGGGCUAUUGGACUGGGGGUGCAGCCUAUGCUCCUGGAACCUCAAGGGAGAACGCGCCGUGGUUCGAAGCUCUCACCGAUCAGUCAGGUUGGAGCUGGUACAUACCUCUCCAUGACGGUACCGUCUCCGCGGGAUUUGUUAUCUCUCAAGAGUCCAGCAUCUCCAAGAAGAAGGCUACUCGGGAACGAUGCCAAGACACCGAGGCAUCGAUUCUCACUGAACACUAUCUGGAACAAUUGCAGUUCACGCCCGGAAUGGCGAAGCUGCUCGAGCAUGCGAAGCUAGCGAGCGGAGUAAAGUCUGCCAGCGAUUGGAGCUACUCAGCAUCGACCUUCUCCGGCGACCAUUUCAGACUCGUGGGGGAUGCUGCAGCUUUUAUUGAUCCUUUCUUCUCUUCCGGUGUUCACCUGGCUUUCACGAGUGGGUUGUCUGCUGCAUGCACCAUCGCAGCUUCCAUUCGUGGCCAUUGCAGCGAGCAAGAAGCUAAUACCUUCCAUGACCUUAAAUUCGGGACGGCUUAUACUCGUUUCCUGCUCGUCGUCAUCGGUGUGUAUAAACAAGUGAGGGCGCAGAACGUCCCUGUUCUUCAAGAUGUUGACGAGCGCAACUUUGAUCGUGCGUUCACAUCUCUCAGACCAAUUUUCCAGGGUGCUGGGGAAGUUGGAAAAGAGCUCACGGAAGAUGAGGUGCAAUCAGCCCUUGAAUUUUGCGCUAACCUCUUCGCACCCGCUGAUCCCGAGAUGCACGCGGACGUCGCGAAACGUCUCGAUCGCGGCCUCAUGGCUGCCGAUGGGCCACUCAUGACACCCAAGGCUGUUGUCGAGAGAUUCGGAAAGGGCGACGAGGAAGCAGUCCAAGUCUUGCAUCAGAUCAACGCGCGGAGGCAGAUCCAUCCCAUGUUCGACGUUCAUAAGCAUUUUAGCCGCGAGGCGUUCGAGGGUUUGAUCACGAUAUGCACUAGGGGGAACCUAGGGUUGGAAAGGGUGCAGACAUGA